AUGGAUGACCCCCACGCACACCCGUCCUCAUCCCGUGCCCAUGUUAGUGGUUGCUCCACCACGACCAAGAAAAGUCACAAGAAGAAGAAACGAGAAAUCACUAACGGCCUAAACGCUGAACCCAUCGCUACUCUAACGGUGCCCCCUGUUGACGGACCAAACGUCGCUAUCAGAGAUCCCAAGUACAUCGGGUCAUACAACUGGGUAGAUAGCCCUUCCCCUACGAUCUUAGUUCCUGGAUCGCCCCGAAUUUGGCGAAACAAACCGACCCCGUUCACUAUUCGUCAUGAUACUGGAAAUCAUUUCUGCGACCAAAACGGUUAUCGCCUUCCCAGCACACCACUUCUGCCCAUCCUAGUCGCUGUAGACAAAAUGGUGGUGAGAUCUGACGUCUCUCCAAUUUCGAUUGACUGGCCCUCGGUCGAUUACAUCACCGACCGCAAUGGGUUGCGCAAGCUCUUGGAGUGGGUGAGUGGGAAAAAGCAGAGUUUCAGGAUCGACUUGCAGCUUGCGGGGAAGAAGACGGUGCUGUGUAAUAGAUGGGAGCCACAGUCGAGGCUGAAAGUGUUUGAUGGAUAUGGAUAUAAUUUCGAAGAUGCAGUGACGAGUGCUGCUCCCGGGUGCGAAAGGAGUUCAGGAGGACACCACAGGGUCAUCACUUACGACCUUUGUGGCCUCACGAUGGUGGUUCGUUUCGAGGUCGACGCAUGUCACGUCCCUCACGAUGCUCCUUCGACGUCUACCGACUUCCUGUCAGCCCAGCUUGCAUCAAUGGCCCUGUCCAAGUCCACUACGUCGACACAUACCGUAGAUCAAAGAACAUCCUUGACCGUCAUUUCCACCGGAAAGCCCAUACCCAAUGAAUCUGUCAUUGAACUGACGACAAGGAAGGGCAAUGACUCUGGUAUCCGCUUGAGGAACAAGUAUCCACAGUUGUACUUCUCCCAGACGCCGGAGCUUAUCAUUGGUUUGCACCACAAUGGACGCUUUACGGAUGUGCAGCGAAAGACAAUGGAAAGCCUGACAUCUCUCGAAGACAGCCUUCAACGGAGGUUGGGAGCGCUGGGGCAGGCUUUAAGUGAUAUCCAAGAUUUGGUUGUCCAAUCUGGGACGGAAGGACGGUUGAGCUUAGUAGGAAGGGAUAAGGAACUGCUAGUUUUUGAGAGGGUAUCGACUGCCAGUUGCUUGCCGGAGACUUACUUGAAGAGGUUUGUAGCAUCUGGAUGA